UUCGCGUGUGCUUGUCCGUUAGUACUCAGAUGAAGAUGCCUUCAAUGCCCAGUGUUCGGCUUGUACCUCGCCUGUGAUGUUUCGUAAGCUGUGUUUAUUAUCUCUGAGUUACUUUGUAUUUCAAGAGGCCCCUUCUUCUCACCUCUAUGGUGAUCAGUUGCUACGUAACAACACAGAUGCUCUACCCAAAGGCUCCAAGGGGGUGAUAAACGAUGAACAUUUGCCUAUCGAGGGGUGGAAACUUGACAACUGCGCAACCGAUUUACCAGAAAACGACCAUAAAGACGGCACAACAGGGCAGAAGUUGAACAGAGAUGUAGGCAAUGACGACCCUAAAUGCAUCAUCGAAACACAAGAAGGAAAUGAUAGUAGAGGCCCUGAAAGGACUUGUACAGAGCCACCAGGCCCCGAGACAGAAAGAUGUACCACUGCAGGAACCGGCAACCCAGAUGAAAAACUGAGAAUUGAGACGAUUUUAGGAGCUGAUGUGUCGAUGUCCUAUCCACCUGCCGCCACGAGACAUGAAACGGCCACAGAACAAACCGGACAGAGCUCCGAGUCAAACAAUUGGAUGAGCAAAGUUGUCCAGGAAGUGUUCAUUGGCCUACUGGUGCUUGGACUUCCCCUGGUCAUGUCCUUAGUAGCCAUCUCCUACAGAACUGCUCGUCUACUUGCAGCCUUCUCGCAACCUCCAUACCAACACAAUCACCAGCAAAGGGAGAUGGCUGUCAGUAUUUUCCAAACCUUCCUUGGUGCUAGUAGAGCCUCGGGUGAGGAGGACGAUGUGAAGCUCUGGGAAGGUCUCUUCGGCUCCCUCUUGCCAUCUUUACCUUGCCUUGCUACUAACAGCACAGGGAACGUAACAGCCCUACCAACAAGUCAGUCAAGUUAUGGCUCAAUAGAAUGGCCUGUUGGUUCUGCUAGUCCGACAUCACUCUGUGAGGAUGGAAAUAGCACACCAAGUGAAGAUACAGAGUGUUCUCAUGGAAAUUGCUUUGAACCAACCAAUGUGGAGACAGAAACAGAUGAGUAUGACAUUGAAUUCAAUAACAAUGACACACUCCUGCUAUUGCGACCACAUAGUGGGCCAGAGGUUGUGUUCCCUUUGAUUUUUGGACAAGUAUAUCAGCAUGCGCCUGGACAGACAGCAAAUCUGACAUCCCUGGUCAGGGCCGUGGUUCUUCCAAGUGCUACUAGUAAUAACAUUCUGGAGAUAUUUAGCAGUGACAGGGACGUCAGUUGGCGCUUUGCACACAAGAAAGGGUUCUUCAACAAACAAGGGAUGUUCAAUUUUGCUCUUCUGAUGGUUUGCUCACCAGGGGAUAUCUAUGGGAAGCGCCUCCACUGUAUUGUAUAAGAACUCAUCCAUACAAGGUUUUUUUUUAAGUUCCUUGACAAAUCUGACAAAUACCUUUGCACUAUACUUCGAUAGUGCCAUCCUUAUUGUCUAUGUUUUUGAACUACGCAGUAUGACUUUCUGUAGCAAUGAGAUAUUUUAUAACUCCUCUUUAUGUCUUGAAAUAAAACUUAACAAGCUUGUGUAUGCAA